AUGUCUUCAGGUGAGCAGGAACAACAUUUGCUCGGCAUCGACUUUGGAAACGGCACAAACUAUGAACGGUUUCCGAAGCCUGUCAUCAGCCCUCUACUGGAUGCAGUCAACACAAUCAUCGCCUGCCUUGCUGUGCUUGGUAACGGUAUGGUCAUCACCGUUAUGCUGCUCAGGCGACGGGUGUUCAGCUCCUUCACAAAUCGCCUCAUCCUGCACCAGUCCAUUAUUGACGCGAUUGCUGUGAUCAUGUUCUUCUUGCACCAUGUCGUUAUCAAGAGUCCACACGUUUCAGUGUCCAUGAAGGAAAACAUAAAUGACCAUCUUGUGUGUCGCUUCGUGUAUUCAGAUUUCGCACUUUGGUGCGUCAACGUGACAUCCACGUAUAACCAUGUCGUCAUAUCACUUGAACGGUUUAUGGCCACUUGUUACCCGGUGAAGCAUCGCAACACGUUGACCAAAACAAAGUUUAAGAUUGUCGUUCCUGCUGUCUGGAUAGUAGGCAUUAUUGACAAUGUGCCCUUGUUAUUUGUCAAUGAACCACACCUAGGCUGUUGUCAAAUGGCGAGUCUCCAGUCUGGAUGGCUGUAUGUUUUAUACACAUUCCCCAUUACAGUCGAGUACUUGGUACCAGUCACCGUCAUGAUUUUUACCUACACACGGAUUCUUAUCAUGCUAACCAAGAAACUUGCUGAUCCAGGGAAUGCAGCUCUGAAUGUAAUAAACAAAGCCAAGAAGGGAUCUCAUAAGAACUACCCUGAUAACAGGCAUCACGUUUCUCUUGUGUUGGACACCCAUCCAGAUCUAUUACUUUCAAAACUUGAUGGUUCAUGA